CACCACUGUCUGCUUCCUUCUCGAUUCCUCCGGUGGCAGGUAUUUCCCUGCGACUUAAGCUGGCACCAUGCCACAGGAUGUCAAGACCGAUGUUCCCAAAGUCCUCAACAAAACCACACCAGGACUUCAGAUAUGGAGAGUGGAGAACAUGGAGCUCGUGCCCUGUCCAUCUAAUACAUACGGGCAGUUUUUUGAGGGAGACAGCUACGUAAUACUCUAUACUCACAAGACCAGCAACAACUACACCUAUGACAUCCAUUAUUGGCUGGGCAAGGCCACCUCCAAUGAUGAGCAGGGAGCAGCAGCGAUAUACACCACGCAGAUUGAUGAACACCUAGGGGGUGCUGCUGUGCAGCACCGAGAGACCCAGGGUCACGAGAGCGCCACCUUCCAAGGAUACUUCAAACAGGGCAUCAU